AUGGUUGCCGCACAAAUCAAUUCUGAACCUCACUUUAAAUUCAUCACACCUAGCAAGUUCAUUCGAGCAACUCCUACUAUGGCUGUCUGGGGAGCUGCCACAGCAGCAGCUCUGGCAUUGUUUGGCUCUGAUGUACCUCUAGCCAGAAAGGAUGUCUUGAGUAAAAUUCCAGUAUUUGGCCGUUAUUUCCCUGUUCAACAAGAUAAACAUGAAGAAGAGGAUUGA